UGUCAGGUCGAGCUGCUAGCUUUUCCACAUGUAGGCGACCUCUAAAUCUCUGAGUUUAUAGUUUGCAUUGGGAUUUAUAAAUGCACAACAGAUGACAAUGCUUCUUCUGAGGAGAGCUGCGCAGACGGCGGUGCGGACAAAACACUGCAGGUCAUUUUCUGCGUCACAGACUCUCCUGAACGACAGAAAAGGUCUGGUGCUGGGAGUGUUUGAGAAGGAGGGAGAGGAGGGAGGCAUUCAUCUGACAGAUGCAGCUGCGUCUUUUGACCAAACUCUGUCUGGGAAACUCUCUGAACUGCUGAAAAUCUCUGGACCGACUCUCAAGAAAGGCAAAAGCAGAAUAUUUUAUGGAAUCCACAAGGACUUCCCGUGUGUGGCAGUGGUCGGGCUGGGUAAGACCAGUGCAGCUGUGUGUGGGUCAGAGAACUGGGACACCAGCAAAGAGAACAUCAGAGCGGCAGUGUCAGCUGGAUGUCGGUUACUUCAGGACCUGGAGGUGAAGCAUGUGGAGGUGGACGGCUGCGGUGAUGCCCAGUCGGCAGCAGAAGGCGCCGCUCUGGGUUUGUUUCAAUAUGACCAGCUCAAAUCAAAGAAGAAGACCAAAGUAUCCACACAGCUUCAUGGAAGUAGUGACUCGGCCAGUUGGCAGAAAGGAGUCACGUACGCAGAAGGUCAAAACCUGGCACGGCUACUCAUGGAGGCUCCGGCCAAUCACAUCACUCCUACUGCUUUCGCCAACACCAUUGAAGAGAAAUUAGUGCGACACGGCGAACACGUAACAAUCACCAAGAGAUCCCAGGCUUGGAUAGAGGAGCAACAGAUGGGAGCAUUCCUCAGUGUGUCUAAAGGCUCAGAGGAGCCCCCUGUCUUCCUGGAGCUACAUUACAAUGGUUCUCCUGACAGCAAGCAGGCCCCGCUGCUCUUAGUGGGCAAGGGCAUCACUUUUGACAGUGGUGGUAUUUCUCUGAAGCCGUCUCCCUCUAUGGAUGCAAUGAGAGCUGAUAUGGGAGGAGCUGCCACUGUGUGUGCGUCUAUCGUCACAGCAGCAGCUCUGAAACUGCCGGUUAACAUUAUUGGUCUAGCUCCGCUGUGUGAGAACAUGCCCAGUGGAAAAGCUACCAAACCAGGUGAUGUUGUCACAGCCAAAAAUGGAAAAACAAUCCAGGUUGAUAAUACAGAUGCAGAGGGCCGACUGAUUCUUGCUGAUGCACUAUGUUACGGACACACGUUCAACCCCAGAGCCAUUGUCAACGUUGCUACGCUAACAGGUGCCAUGGAUGUAGCUCUUGGCUCAGCAGCAACUGGAGUGUUUACAAACUCUGACUGGCUCUGGGAGCAGCUGCACAAGGCUAGUGUUGUGACAGGUGACAGAGUGUGGCGGAUGCCUCUGUUCCAGCAUUACACCAGACAAGUGACUGACAGCCAGCUGGCUGACCUCAACAACAUCGGGAAGUACAGCCGUUCUGGCGGUGCUUGCACAGCAGCUGCAUUCCUAAGAGAGUUUGUCACAGCUCCUCAUUGGGCCCAUCUGGACAUCGCAGGUGUGAUGAGUAACAAAGAUGAAAUUCCCUACCUAAGAAAAGGCAUGUCUGGAAGACCAACACGUACGCUGGUUGAGUUUGCUGCGGGACUGGCCCACAAUGGCUGACACAGAUAUCAGAUCGGACACAGGACUCUCUGACUGUGAGCUUCUUUUCAGACAAACAGUAAAUUCUUAUCAGUGGCCAAGUUUAGACAUCUGUGCACAUUUGAACAGUAUCAUUUCUAGGGAUAGACCGAUAUGGAUUUUUUAGGGCCGAUGCCGAUACCGAUUUUUUUUUCCAUCACCCUUAGCCGAUGACCGAUUAUGGACUGCCGAUUUUCUUGAGCCGAUAUUUGGGGCCUG